AUGAGUGGUGAAGUUGCGGCACAUUCAAGAAACUCCUCACUUGGGGGAGGGCCAUCAAUGAUAGGAAUGAUAAGGGCCAGGAAACUCGCCGUAAAAAUUAAAAAGCGAGCCCAGUUUUUAGUAGCUGAUAGAACACGAAGGGAAAACGCGGGAAGGACAGCUGUCAUUCACUGGGAUUUCCCAAGAAAUUUCCGCCGUGAUGAGCCGACAACGAGACUAAACGUUCCAAGCGGCAGAUCCCCACCGUCUUCGCGUUCUCCCAGUGUAUUGUCACGUUAUGGUUACACACACCCAAGUCAAGCGCCAAAAAACAGUUACCGACUAGAACCGGUUAGCCGUUUCUCCGAGCCAAAAGUCAAAGAAGUUAUCGAAGACGUGUUAGAUCAAAAUCUUCACGGCCAAACCUAUGAGGCAGUAUUUUGCAAGGAAAUGACCAAAAAACUGUCUGAUACAAUAAAACAACGAGUCAAGAUCCUUGGAUUUUCACGGUACAAGUUUAUUUGUAUUGUACACAUGGGACAGGUUCAUAACCAAGGAAUGCGAAUCGGCAGUCGAUGUCUUUGGGAUCAGAAAUUUGACAAUGUCGCUGAGGGAUACUUUAGGAAUGGCGACCUAUUUGCAGUUGCUACGGUUUUCGGUGUGUACUGUGAGUAA